AUGGCCCAAACAGAUCCCACGAGAGCAGGCGCUGAAGCAAGAACGGAGGACGACAGCCGGGAAGCGAAUGCUAGAAAUGCAAAGUCGGGAAUCCAGGUUAUUGUUCUAGGUCCAACUGGAGGCCCUCGCGAAGAUAGGGUCACGGGGAUUUUGGUGCGGUCAGUAGCAGCUGGGUGGUCGUCGAAUUCGAUGAUCGCCGUUGACGCAGGCACCCUUCUCUGCGGCAUCAUUAAUGCUCUAACAGGAUGCGACAAUAAGGAUGGUGUCGUCACCUCGGGGCCAUUCGCCGGGCUACCCUUACCCCAUAAAACUAUUCCAUCGAAUGCAGCAUAUGUUUUUCAGAAGAUCAUUGGAGCUGUUCUAAUCACGCAUCCUCACCUGGACCAUGUAUCGGCAUUGGCAAUUAAUACACCAGUCCUGGAGGCUGGGAGUGGACCCAAGACCGUCGCUGCGCUGCCGUCCGUGGUUGCUGCUAUCAAAAACCACAUCUUCAACGAUGUGAUCUGGCCCAAUCUCUCUGAUGAGGAUGGAGGGGCGGGUUUCAUCACUUAUCAGCGCUUAGUGGAGGGAGGAAACCCGAUGAUGGGUCGCGGUGAUGAAAGAGGUUAUGUACGUGCAUCCGAAGGCUUACUAGCGAGGUGCUUUUGCGUCAGCCAUGGGCGUUGCAAACAAAAAUAUUAUCCUGAGACAGAGGGGUUCCACCGCGCAAGCAGUGUAGCUUUUUCUGCAGAUCGCCAUCGACUAUCUACGGAUACAUCGGAGAUGGGGUACCCUAGGUCGCUCUCAGAUAUGAUCCGAUCCCCCUUUUCUUCGAAAGAAUCUUGGUCCAGUGUGGAAAGCUCUGCAUUCUUCAUUCGCGACCAACAGACCGGAACCGAAAUUAUCAUAUUUGGCGACGUUGAACCCGAUUCGAUAUCUCUUGACCCACGUAAUAAAAGGAUCUGGGACUUGGCCGCCCCCAAGGUCGUAUCUCAUCAGCUACGCGCAAUUUUUAUCGAAUGUUCCUAUAGCGAUGACACGGAUGAUGACUACCUUUUUGGGCAUCUUUGCCCGCGACACUUGGUCGAGGAGUUAGGCGUCUUGGCCCGGUUGGUAGCCGAAGCCAAAGGUCAAACUAUUCUCGCAGGCGAGAAGCGCAAGCGAUUAAGUGAUGCUGCAGUUAGCACCACCGAACCAGUGAGCCCGAAGUCGAAGCGGGGUUUAGUUACCAAACCGAGCCACCAAUCACGUCAACCAACUCGACGCACUACACGCCAUUCUUCGAAAAUCAACGAAGGAGAUCCUCUAGCUCCCGCCGGUUCUGUUGAUCCCCAUGCUCUGCGUCGCGAGCUGGACAUUGCCAAACGCUCUGAUCCGUCGUCGAAUUCUCCAGGAUCCGAGUUGCCCCUGAAAGGAUUGUCCAUCUAUAUCAUUCAUAUCAAAGAUGAUAUGACAGACGGUCCCCAUCCAAGUGAAAAAAUUCUCCAAGAGCUCAACGAGCAGGGAGAAAAGGCCGGGCUAGGGUGUGAAUUUCACGUCCCUCGGCAGGGAGAAAGCAUUUACCUCUAA